GGAUUUUUGCUGCUCUGGAUGACACAGCAGAUAUCAAUUGCAAGCCAAGGUGAUUCAUCGCUUGAGUCGAGUUCAUCGCCUGAGUCACUGACAAGUUGGUCAAGUUGGAGCAAGUGCUUUGGUCGGUGCAGCGUUAAAUUUCAAACAAGGAAUAAUUGUUCGAAGGGUUGCGUUGGUGACCAAAAUAUGGAGAUUAGGGAGUGUUUAUCACAUACAAAGUGUACAGCUCAUAGAAUACGUCUUUCUCAUAUCCCCUCUUAUGCGGCCAAACUGAAGCUUGAGGUUCAUGAUGGCAAGAAGUGGACGUCCGUCUGCCACCCAGUAGGCAUUGCUGAUAACCUUUGCCAAAUCCAGGGCUUUGAGUCAGCUGAGAAUGAAAAAAAAUGCGAUAUGAUCCAAACGCAUAGUUAUGGCAACAAAACUUGUGGCGUUCUUCAAAGAAUCAUUUCUAUCAAUUGCAGCGAUACACACGAAGUUACCACUGUAUGUAAAGUAAAUGUGUCACUUAAAGGAAACUACUCAGGAAAAGUCAAGUUUUUUCACAAGGGAAUUCUAAAAUCGCUAUCAGGGAUUGGUUGGAAUAUGAUCGCGGCUCAGCUAGUCUGUCGUCAAAUCGGAUUUAAGAGAGCCGUAGCUCCCUUUUCUACGAAAAUCAGUCGUCGCAUUGUCAGUAAAGAGUGUGUUGAUCAUAUUCACUGCUCCGGUUCCGAGACUUCACUAAGUUACUGCAAAUUCAACUUCACUACUAAUUACAAAUGCAAUCCAGAUGCCGAGGCGAGCGUGACUUGUGAUCCAGAACGCGAUCUUGAUUUCAAGUUUCGCCUGGUAAAUAUCACACAAUUUGGUGAGACUAUACAAGUCGAAUGCAAUCUCAAUGCUUCCUACGGUAACCCACUGUGGUACAGCCUCAACGGCCAGAUCAUUGGUUCUGAAAAAAACUUGCGAUUAGAAAACUUGACCACUACUCAAGCGGGUGUGUAUUUCUGUAAGAACAAUCAACAGUAUGGUGCUGUAGUGGUAUACGUUGCAGCAAAAUCUGUAAUGAAGCAAAUGACCAUCCCGGAAAAGAAAUAUACAAUCCUAGCUUGUAACGUUUCUGGAGUUCCUCAGCCAAUGGUGCUGCCCCUUUGGCGAUUAAACGGCCAAUUACUUCGGAAAGCUACUGUUACCAUAAAUAACGGACUUAAUAUCACGGAUGAGGUCAGAAGCGGUGAAGGCCGGAAUUACAGUUGUGGUUUACCUGAAACAACAAUCAAGAAUACUUCAACUGAGCAUAAAAAAACUUCAGAAAGAGCUCUACGAAACGUUGAACGUCAGGAAAAUUUCACUUUACAAAGUGACACAGACACACGAUAUCUCUCCGUUACUGCCUCUCGCUGGGAAAUCUCUCCGAAACAAAUUCACCUCCAAAGCAUACUGGGGACGGGGGCAUUUGGAGAGGUCUGGAAAGCUGUGGUCUACGAAAUCCAAGGACACCCUGAAGAGACUACAGUGGCCGUCAAGAAACUAAAACGUAACUGA